AUAUCGGACUCCAGUUCAGUUGUUAUUGUAACUCAAACCCGGUGACUGCUACCUAUAAAUAGAAUACUAUAAAAAAUAAAAUAUUAAACAAGAAUUAAAGAUGACGGACGAGCAGGGAUAUCUUAAACCGAAGCCAGGGUUCGCGACCACAGCUGUCCACGCUGGUCAGAAUCCUGACAAAUGGAAUGGAGCUGUGGUGCCACCUGUCGUGAUGUCCACUAUGUACAAACAGGCUCCUGAAGGACAUAAGGGCUACGUAUAUUCCCGGUCAGCGAACCCGAUGAGAGACACCUUGCAAGAAUGCCUCGCUGCGUUGGAGGGCGCUAAAUACGCUUUUACCUUUUCUUCUGGUCAAGGAGCCACCACCAGCAUUACUUCCCUUCUGAACAAAGGAGACCAUUUGGUUUCUAUUGAUGAUGUGUAUGGAGGCACCAGCCGGCUUAUGAGGGAAAAUCUACCAAGACAUGGGAUUGACGUCACAUUUACAGACAUUACCGACUUGGACAAGCUGGAAAACGCCAUUCAAGAUAAUACUAAGAUGGUCUGGCUAGAGACUCCGACAAACCCCAACUGCACAGUAGUGGACAUAGCUGCCACCGUCCAACUAGUGAAGAAGCGUGGUGAUAUCAUUGUAGUAGUCGACAAUACUUUCCUCACAUGCUACUUACAAAGACCGCUGGACUUUGGUGCUGAUAUAGUGAUGUAUUCUCUAACUAAAUACAUGAACGGACAUUCCGACGUCGUGAUGGGAGCAGCUGUACUGAAUAGACAAGAAAUUGCUGAUAAACUUAGGAUUAUUCAGAAAUCGCUAGGAAUUGUUCCUUCAACGUUUGAUUGUUACCAAGUAAACAGGAGUUUGAAGACACUAUCUUUGCGUAUGGAACGUCAUAAGGCGACGUCUCUAGUUAUUGCUAAGUGGCUGGAAAAACAACCGAAUGUCAUCGAAGUUUUGCACCCAGGCUUGACAUCGCACAAAGGACAUGAAGUUUCCAAGAGGCAAACGUCAGGUCACUCAGGAGUCUUCAGUUUCAGACAUACAGGUGGUCUGAAAGAGUCCAGGAAACUCCUUAGUUGCUUCAAAGUGUUCAUUUUGGCUGAAAGCUUAGGAGGAUACGAAAGUUUGGCUGAAAUACCAUCCAUAAUGACCCACAAAUCGGUGCCUCCACCACAGAAAGCGCAGUUGGGCAUCACAGAUUCCCUGGUCAGGUUUUCCAUUGGAUUGGAAGAUCCCGAAGAUCUCAUCGCGGAUUUGGAAAAUGCCUUCAAGGAAACAUUUAAUAAUUAAGUUAGAUUAUAA